AUGGAGGAAGAGAGAGACGACCUCACGGCGAUGAUGAACAUGAUGGAGAACACCCCUGAGCAUAAUAUGAAAAUCUCCUUCUUCGAUGAUGGACAGUCUAUGGAGUCCAAGAAGGAGAGAGACAAGGAAGAGGACCUCCCCCCCGGCACAAACAAUGAAGAAAUAAAAAGCCGAGCCAAACUACACGACGUAACUGUUAACAAUGAAGACGAAGCAGUUAUGUUUGUAAAUCUGAAGAAGAAAAAAAGAAUGAACCCACAUGAUGAAUACUACUCUGUUAAGCUGCCCAAGUUUAUAGGUGUGUGUCCUGAUAUAAAGAAGCUCGAUCAGCGCGCACGUGGUGAAGGGGUAUACUCCGGUGAAACGGAAGGAGCUCAACGCAUGGAAGACGUAACCCACUUGACCGAAGCGCGCAACGUGAUUGAUCUCGAAGGGGAAGGUCGCCACCCCCCACACAAGGCAAAAAACCAACAGGCAAUAAUAUGCUGGAAAUUUGAUGUGGAUGCAUAUGACAGGGAAAAGGAGAAAAAGGAUUCACAAAGACGUGAGGAAGAGCUAGAAGGUCACUCAAAUGAAAGCGACUUGGCUCAUGUGACAGAUGAUGACCUGUCAGAUUAUUCCACUGUCGAUGAGCUUUACCAAAUGUACGAUGUCACUCACAAUGGCGAUGAUCUGAUGAGCCUUCCAUGUGAUGACCCAAAUGAAAAGACAAACAUUUUGUGUACAAACAUGAAAUUCCUCGAAACCAAUUCAUUCAUUGUUGAGUAUGAGGACGGCAAAUUUAUUUUCUUUAUUAAUGAAAAGCCAUACCUUGUGGAGUCAGACAAGGAGACAAAUUAUCUAAUUGAAAUGUCCGAUAUGAGUAUCAUGCCUAUUCACUGCAUUUUAGAAAAAAAAAUUUUCCUCAAGUCGAUCACUCGGGAGGAACAGGGUGUCCCGCAGGGGACUGCAUCGCCGGGGAGGGGCGACACAUAUUACUCGCUGCACGGGUAA